AAUAUAUGAUAUUUAAAAAAAUGGUUUAUCAUCAAAGAUACUUCCAUCUAGGAAAUUAGUGUUGUGUUUCUUGGCCGGACGGUACACCAGCACUGGGGUUUUAGAGCCACCGUCGUCCGUCAUCAUGGCUCCUUGCUGAUUGCCCUUCUUGCAUUUCCGCCCCUAAUUUACCAGAAGAAUGGGCGGCGCCACCAGGUUUCUCAUGUUUCUCACCACCAUCACUACUCCAUUCCCGCUGCUCCACCGCCGCUGCCCAACUCUUCUGAGCUUCUGCCGCCAUCGGCACCGAGUCCUGUCUUCUUCGUCUUGCCUUUUUCACCACCACCUCCCUUCCUAUCUUUCUUACACUCUUCCCCGCCCCUUAAGAAUCGAUGCCUCCCACCAACUCCACACCCAAACCGCCUCUGCCUCUGCCUCUGCCCAUUUCGCCGAACCUUCCUCCUCCUUACCUUGGGCCUUCCAACCGUGGCCCGAGUGGUCCAAUUUCAUCCAUAAUCUAUCUGCCGCUGGAUAUUUCAAUAGGCAAAAAUUUGGCAUCCAAAUUGAUUUAGAAUUCGUGGCAGGCAUUAAUUUGCCAGAGGACUUUGCAGGUGCUGCCGCUGCUUGCUUGGCAUUCGCCCGCGAAAGGCCUGAUCUUUUAGGGAUGCUAUCGAAAAGAGAUAUUGAGGUGGUUGUUGAGAAAGGGAUGCCCUUCUUGUUUAAAAAUGGUGAUGACUCAGGGAAGAGGAUGAGGUCGUUUUUGGGCAGUGGCGAUAGUAAUGUGCAGAAUACAGAUAGAGCGCACACUAUUGACUUGAUGAGGUUUUUAUUAAGUUAUGCAAGCAGUCUUGUUUCUUUUGAGAAGAACAAUAUACCCAAUAGAGAACUUGUGGAAUCAUCUGUUAGGAAUCUCUUGAGUGAAUUGGCCCAGCUGAGCUAUGCUCCAGCCUCAAACCCAUCUGUGUCAGUGCAAAAUCAGUUCCCAGAUAGAUAUGGACAAGCACCAAGUCCUCCUGGGCAAAACAUUGAAAUGAAAAGAGGCGACUGGAUUUGCCCAAGGUGUAGUUUCAUGAAUUUUGCAAGAAAUGUGAAAUGCCUUGAAUGUGAAGAAGCACGCCCAAAGAGGCAGCUUACUGGUGGGGAGUGGGAGUGUCCUGAAUGUGAUUUCUUUAAUUAUGCAAGGAACAUGGUAUGCUUAAGGUGUGAUUGCAAGCGGCCUGGAGAGGUCUUGUUUGGUACUACCAAUUCUGGAUCAGCUCUGGGAUAUGGCAAUGGGAGCAACACAAAUAAGGCUGAUGUGGAUAGCAGGCUAGCUGCCAAUGAAGAGAAGGCACAACGGUGGUUUAGCAAACUUUCUCAGCUGGAUAGUUCUUCAGACAUGAGCAGUGCCAUAGCUGAUGAAGAUUUCCCUGAAAUCAUUCCAUUGAGGAAAGGAGUCAAUAGAUUUGUUGUGAGCACAAGGAAAACUCCACUUGAAAGGAGGCUGGCCAAUGCCCAGUAUAGAAGAAACCUGGGUAAUGAUGGCAUUUUUGAGGUUGGUAGUCUUCAAAGCACGCAAUCAAUCAAUCAAGGUUUAGAUGAGAUUCUUGGUCCUAAGACAGCUGCUUCAGAAUCAGAUAACAGGACUCUCAGUACUGGACAAAUUGCAGGAACAAAUACUCCCUCUUCUGCUUCUAAUUCAACUUCACCACAGUAUGGUGCCCCCAGAGGAAGUAAUUAUGUUCCAUUUGUGCCACUGCCUGCAGAUAUGUUUGCCAAGAAACCUGAUGAAUUGAAGAUGGAUAAGAGUGAUAAGUUGGAGAUGGAUGAUAAAUCCCUAUCUUCAAGCACUAGUGAGCAAACAGGAGCAGUUUCUGGAAGAAAAGAAUAUGGUAAAUCAUCAGACAGUCGGCAGCCCUCUGAGAAGCCUGCGGGCGAGACCCUGAACAAUGAAAAAGAGAAAGAACAAGCUGAAAAAUCUGAGAGAUGGUUUAAGAGAGUUGCAGAGCUGCAUAAUGUUACAGAUCUGGCUAGUGCAAUUUCAGAUGAGGACUUCUUUGAGAUCAUGCCAAAACGCAAAGGAGAGAAUCAAUUUGUAGUCAGUAAAAGGAAAGAUCGAUCUUUGACUUCUCCAAUGUACAAGAGACGUAUGGCCAUGGAGCAGGCUAAUGAUUCCAAUUUUGUGCCCUUUGUCCCCUUCCCACCAAACUACUUUGCUAAAAAGGAUAACCAGCAGCCAGAUAUGGCUGAUUCAACUAAUAAUGCUACAAGUGGAACUGCAAAUUCUGCAACACUGGAGAAGCUCCCUGAGAAGUUGGAUGACAGUAAACCUGGGAUGCCUGGUGCAUCACAUGUUCAAGGGAUGAAAAACCAACAAUGCGGUGCAAGGAGCACAGAUUCAAGAACUUGGGAAAUUUCGAAUGAAAUGAAAGCAGGUGCAUCUCCUGGGGCAUUAACAAGUGUAAAUUCAACUCAAAAUGUUGUUGAUCCCCAGUCUAAUAGCAGGGAUGGUUGGAGCAGUGGAUAUUAUAGAAAUGAAAAUAUUACUGGGACACCAAAUCUGAUGGGGAGUUCACCACAGAAUCUUACUAAUUCCCCAACAAAUGACAAUGACAGUGGGUGCAGAGGAUUCCCCAGUAAGAAGGAUGUCAAGGAGGAACCUAGGUUGACAGCGACUACAUCUCAUCCAUCUGAGAAUCAGAAAAAUGGAGAUAGCUGGACUGGAAAAAGCUUGGAAGGGUCAGCAGUGAAGGAACCAGAUCCUUUGGACAUGUCAGAGGAGGCCAAGGCAGAGAGGUGGUUCCGACGUGUUGCCCAGAUCAAGGACAUAUCAGAGUUGAGCCAGAUCCCAGAUGAAGAUUUCCCCUCGAUAAUGCCAAUGCGGAAAGGUGUUAAUAGAUUUGUUGUGAGCAAAAGGAAAACGCCGUUAGAGAGGAGGUUGACAUCUACUCAGCACAGAAGGAAUCUUCCAAUUGUGAACUCUGAUCCAGUGAAGGAAAGUGACAAUAGCUGAUGCAUCAUUGAAAGAUUAUACUAGAAGUUAUUUGAAUCUGACAUGGACAUUCAUCCUUUGCAAAUUUUGUUACUUUAAGUCAAGAUAAGAAACCUUUCUAGGACACACUGUUAGGUGGUGUAGUAUCCACUUGAGUAAUUAUUUCGCUUGACGAGAGUAUCUGGGUUGAAGGGUAGCGGACUGGACUGGAUCAAAGUUCUACUGAAGAGUAUAUAGCCUGUCUCGGAAUUGCGGCUUUCAGGUGCUUCUGCCAAUGCAAUAAAAUCAUGAUGCUCAACGUGGGAAAAAUACAGUGUAACAUGCUUGUGUAUGUUUGACGUUGUUUACAUUUUUAAGCCGAAGAAAUCGUUUGUGCAAAUAUUACAUUAUGCUCAGCUUCGAUGAAGUUUACACAUUACAUUGUCUCUGAA